AUGCAAUUCCGCUCGUCUACAGCCGCCAGGAGCUCCCUGGCGCCGCAGGCAGCGUCCUCCUCCGAAGCAGCUGCGCCUGCACCUGGGCAGCCUGGACCUUCGUGCCCUGCUCCCGGGGCCUCGCGCGGGGGUCGCCCCGGGACACCCCCUGUGGGCCGGGUGGAGGAGGAAGAGGAGGAGGAAGAAGACGUGGACUCGGACCCGACGCUGAACACCUGGCUGCGCUGCAGCCACCUCUCUUUAAGGGGGAGGAGAAGAGAGCCGGGGAGAACCAUGGGGGGCAGCGAAGUCCGGGAAUUUCUUUUGCAAUUUGGUUUCUUCUUGCCUUUGCUGACAGCUUGGCCGGGCGACUGCAGUCACGUCUCCAACAACCAAGUUGUGUUGCUUGAUACAACAACUGUGCUGGGAGAGCUAGGAUGGAAAACAUAUCCAUUAAAUGGGUGGGAUGCCAUCACUGAAAUGGAUGAACACAACAGGCCCAUUCACACAUACCAGGUAUGCAAUGUGAUGGAGCCAAACCAAAACAACUGGCUUCGUACAAACUGGAUCUCUCGUGAUGCAGCUCAGAAAAUUUACGUGGAGAUGAAGUUUACACUGAGGGAUUGUAAUAGCAUCCCAUGGGUCUUGGGGACUUGCAAAGAAACGUUUAAUCUAUAUUAUGUGGAGUCAGAUGAGUCCCAUGGAAUUAAAUUCAAGCCAAGCCAGUAUACAAAGAUUGACACAAUUGCUGCUGAUGAAAGUUUUACCCAGAUGGAUUUGGGUGAUCGCAUCCUCAAACUCAACACUGAGAUUCGUGAGCUGGGGCCUAUAGAAAGGAAAGGAUUUUAUCUGGCUUUUCAAGACAUCGGGGCAUGCAUUGCCCUAGUUUCCGUCCGUGUUUUCUACAAAAAAUGCCCCUUUACUGUUCGUAACCUGGCCGUGUUUCCAGACACUAUCCCAAGGGUUGAUUCUUCCUCCUUGGUUGAAGUAAGGGGCUCCUGUGUGAAGAGUGCAGAAGAGCGUGACACUCCUAAGCUCUAUUGUGGAGCUGAUGGAGAUUGGCUGGUUCCUCUUGGAAGAUGUAUCUGCAGUACAGGAUAUGAAGAAAUUGAAGGUUCUUGCCAUGCUUGCAGACCAGGAUUCUAUAAAGCAUUUGCUGGCAACACAAAAUGUUCUAAGUGUCCUCCACACAGUUUAACCUACGUGGAAGCGACUUCUGUCUGUCAGUGUGAAAAGGGUUACUUUCGAGCUGAAAAAGACCCACCUUCCAUGGCAUGUACCAGGCCACCUUCAGCUCCUAGGAAUGUGGUUUUUAACAUCAAUGAAACGGCCCUUAUUUUGGAAUGGAGCCCACCAAGUGACACAGGAGGGAGAAAAGACCUCACAUACAGUGUAAUCUGUAAGAAAUGUGGCUUAGACACCAGCCAGUGUGAGGACUGUGGUGGAGGACUCCGCUUCAUCCCAAGACAUACUGGCCUGAUCAACAAUUCCGUGAUAGUACUUGACUUUGUGUCUCACGUGAAUUACACCUUUGAAAUAGAAGCCAUGAAUGGAGUUUCUGAGUUGAGUUUUUCUCCCAAGCCAUUCACAGCUAUUACAGUGACCACGGAUCAAGAUGCACCUUCCCUGAUAGGUAUGGUAAGAAAGGACUGGGCAUCCCAAAACAGCAUUGCCCUAUCAUGGCAAGCACCUGCUUUUCCCAGUGGAGCCAUACUGGACUACGAGAUCAAGUACCAUGAGCAAGAGCAUGAGCAACUCACCUAUUCCUCCACGAGGUCCAAGGCCCCCAGUGUCAUCAUCACAGGUCUCAAGCCAGCCACCAAGUACAUUUUUCAUAUCAGAGUGAGGACUGCAGCAGGAUACAGUGGCUACAGUCAGAAGUUUGAAUUUGAAACAGGAGAUGAAACUUCUGACAUGGCGGCGGAACAAGGGCAGAUUCUUGUGAUAGCCACCGCAGCCGUGGGAGGAUUCACUCUUCUUGUCAUUCUUACUCUCUUCUUCUUAAUCACUGGCAGGUGUCAAUGGUACAUAAAGGCCAAAAUGAAGUCAGAAGAGAAGAGAAGAAAGGACUUACAGAAUGGGCAUUUACGCUUCCCAGGAAUUAAAACUUACAUAGAUCCAGAUACAUAUGAAGACCCAUCCCUAGCAAUCCAUGAAUUUGCAAAGGAGAUUGAUCCGUCAAGAAUACGCAUUGAGAGAGUCAUUGGGGCAGGUGAAUUUGGAGAAGUCUGUAGUGGGCGUUUGAAAACACCAGGGAAAAGAGAGAUCCCAGUUGCCAUCAAAACUUUGAAAGGUGGCCACAUGGAUCGGCAAAGAAGAGAUUUCUUAAGAGAAGCAAGUAUCAUGGGUCAGUUUGACCAUCCAAACAUCAUUCGCUUAGAAGGUGUUGUCACAAAAAGAUCCUUCCCGGCCAUUGGGGUGGAAACGUUCUGCCCCAGCUUCCUGAGGGCAGGGUUUUUAAAUAGCCUCCAGGCCCCGCAUCCAGCGCCAGGGGGAGGAUCUUUGCCCCCCAGGAUUCCUGCUGGCAGACCAGUAAUGAUUGUGGUGGAAUAUAUGGAGAAUGGAUCCCUAGACUCCUUUUUGCGGAAACAUGAUGGUCACUUCACAGUCAUCCAGUUGGUCGGUAUGCUCCGAGGCAUUGCAUCAGGAAUGAAGUAUCUUUCUGAUAUGGGUUAUGUUCACCGAGAUCUAGCAGCUAGGAAUAUAUUGGUCAACAGCAACCUAGUAUGCAAAGUUUCUGAUUUCGGUCUCUCCCGAGUGCUGGAAGAUGAUCCAGAAGCUGCUUAUACAACAACUGGUGGGAAAAUUCCUAUAAGGUGGACAGCCCCAGAAGCUAUUGCCUACAGAAAAUUCUCUUCGGCAAGUGAUGCAUGGAGCUAUGGCAUUGUCAUGUGGGAGGUCAUGUCCUAUGGAGAGAGACCUUAUUGGGAAAUGUCUAACCAAGACGUCAUCCUGUCCAUUGAAGAAGGUUACAGACUCCCAGCUCCCAUGGGCUGUCCGGCAUCUCUACACCAGCUGAUGCUCCACUGCUGGCAGAAGGAGAGAAAUCACAGACCAAAAUUUACUGACAUUGUCAGCUUCCUUGACAAACUGAUCCGCAAUCCCAGUGCCCUUCACACCCUGGUAGAGGACAUCCUUGUAAUGCCAGACUCCCCUGGUGAAGUUCCUGAAUAUCCUUUGUUUGUGACUGUCGGUGACUGGCUGGAUUCUAUAAAGAUGGGGCAGUAUAAGAAUAACUUCAUGGCAGCAGGGUUUACAACUUUUGACCUGAUUUCAAGAAUGAGCAUUGAUGAUAUUAGAAGAAUUGGAGUCAUACUCAUUGGACACCAGAGACGAAUAGUCAGCAGUAUACAGACUUUACGAUUACACAUGAUGCACAUACCGGAGAAGGGAUUUCAUGUAUAA